AUGACGCAAUGUACCACCCUCAACCUGCACCCUUUGCGUCACACCCAUCCUGUUUCCGCAUACCACGUGCCCUCAACCUAUAUCUAUCUCCUAGAAACACGUGAUACAAAGAUGGAAGAAAGUGUACCAAAAUUACAGCAAAAUGAAAUAAAUGACAAAAGGCCACAAUUUGGUAAUAGAGUUCUCUCCAACUGUAAUAAUGUAUUUCAACAUAACGCAUGGGAUAAUGUUGUUUGGGAUGAGGAACAACAAAAAUUAGCUCAAAUAAAAGUAAAUGAAAAUUCAACCAUAAUUUUAUCAGAUGAAAAAAUUCAAAAGUAUGAGAAAGCAGCUGAUAAAUAUUGGGAUAAAUUUUAUGGAAUACAUGAAAAUAAAUUUUUCAAGGAUAGACAUUGGUUAUUUACAGAAUUUCCUGAAUUGGCUCCUGAUAUAGUAAAGCAAAAUAUUAAACAGCCUCUGAGAUCUACAUCUGAGAACACUAAUGAAAAUAAUCAAGAUUCUCAUAUAGAAAUUCUUGAUGUACCUAGUAAAAAAGGAAGUAAAAUUCUGGAAAUUGGUUGUGGAGUAGGAAAUACAGUAUUUCCAAUACUUUUGUAUAACACUGAUCCUAACUUAUUUGUAUAUGGUUGUGAUUUCUCUACUAAAGCAAUAGAUAUAUUAAAACAGAAUAUUGCUUAUGACACAUCCAGAUGUAAAGCUUUUGUCCUUGAUGUGACACAAGAGAAAUGGGAAACACCUUUUGAGCCAGGAAGUUUGGAUAUUAUAAUAUUGAUAUUUGUUCUUUCAGCGAUACAUCCUGAAAAAAUGAAGUAUAUUAUAGAACAAGUUCAUAAAUAUUUAAAAUCAGGUGGGUUGGUUUUAUUCCGAGAUUAUGGAAGAUAUGACUUAGCUCAAUUAAGAUUUAAAAAAGGCAGCUGCCUUGCAGAAAAUUUUUAUGUUCGAGGGGAUGGAACCAGAGUGUAUUUCUUUACACAAGAGGAAAUUAGGAUCCUGUUUACAAGUUGUGGUUUCACAGAAGAGCAAAAUCUUGUAGAUAGAAGGUUACAAGUUAAUAGAGGGAAACAACUUAAAAUGUACAGAGUAUGGAUUCAAGGAAAAUAUAGAAAAUAAAU